AUGUCUUCUACUCAAUCUAUCGCCGUCUCUGCCAACAUUGAGCAAGCUAUUGCUUUCCUCACCAGGCCCUUGAUUCUCACCCAAUCGCCUGCUUUGGUCUCUGGUAUCCAAACGGUCCUCCGAGCCACUCUUGGGUCCUGCUUCGAUCCCAAACUUCACGCAGCAUUCACACUCAAGUUGUCUGCCAAGUCACUCCCCCCUCGCCCUAUUUUGGCUGCUUGCUUCACCUCCGGUGUAUACUGGAUCGAGUGGAUGCAACUCUUGGGCGGACGCGACUUCGACCUCGUCAUUGAGGCCCAAAGCGUCAAGGUCGUGUACCACGGCGCGUACCCACAGACUAUUGUCGUUUGGUCCGAGGUUGCACCUGUCCCCGCUCGCCCGACCCGCAUUGCUCGCCUCCACAUCGACGAGCCCCAGGUCCCCAUCAGCAAGCUCGGCCAGCAGCACCAGCAACAAUCUGCGAUGCAGAGCGCGCUCCGCGCCACCGUCGACUCGGCCGUCGCACGCGCCAAGACCCGCACUCUCGCCCAGCAGCUGCUCCAAUCCGAGUGCGAAGACAGAGAAGCAGACGAAAUCCUCGCUAUGAUCUCCAACUGCGCGAUCACGACACCCACACCCACGACCGAGCGCUUCAUCAUCGAGCCGCCCAAACUUAUCAUGCCCAUUUCCAACAUGACCACUUUCCCGUCCCCGCUUUCGUCCCCCGAGCUGGCCUCUUCGCCAGAUUCGGACUUCUCCAGCUACUGCUCCAGGCCGAGCUCCCGCUCGUCCACUUUUUCGACCUUCUCUUUCUCGUCUGACGACGAGAGCAGCGUUAGCUCUGCAUGCUCUGCAUCCUCCUUCGAUUUCUUGGCUUCCACAAAGCCUUCUCUUACUUCGACUUCGCCUUUGCCAGCUGCUUCCCCCGUUUCCGCUCCAGCUCUCGCACCCUCUAGCCAGCGCGCACCUAUCUUCGUUCCGCGCCACAAACGCGCUGCCGCCGCCGCUGCUGCGCCGGCUCCUCAAGUUUUCGUCGACAGCAACAAGAAGGACGUCACCAAGUACCUCUACCAGGGUGGCGUCAGCACCGUCCUCACUGGCGGUGUCAUGCUCGGCGCGACGUCUGCUGCUGCUGCCGGCCAGAACCAGAACAAAGCGAAGGCUACUAGCCAGGUACCCAAGUACCGCGCCCCAGUCGGCGGCAGGAAGUUUUCUGCUGCUCCGGCUCAAAAUGCUGCCUCUGCCAACUCUUGGAGACGUGCGGCUCCCCGCGCUUAA